GUUAAUGGGAACAAAUAGUCCAAACACCGGCAUCGAUAAGAAGCAAGAUGGAAAACGGCACAGGAAAGCAUCAACUUACAAAUGAUGAAAGUUGUGGUGAUAGUCCCGCAAAAAUAUCAACGAAAGAUGCGGAUGACAAACUGUUAAAACAUUUUCUCACCUGGUGUGAAAACAGUAAAUUUGAUAUUACUGAUAAGGUAAAGAUCAGCAAAGAAGGCGCUUGUGCUCAAUAUGGAAUGGUUGCUGUGGAUGACCUUGAAGAGGGGGCAGUCUUAUUUAAAAUUCCUCGACCCAGCCUGCUGUAUCCAAACACUUGUGGCAUUGCAGAGUUACUUCAGAACGAGGCUGGUGAUCUUCAGAGUUCAAGUGGGUGGGUUCCACUGCUGUUGGCUCUCAUGUUUGAAUAUAACAAUCCACAGUCAAAAUGGCGACCAUAUUUAGACCUCAUCCCUGACUUCAAGGAGUUAGACCUGCCAAUGUUUUGGUCACUGUCAGACAGAGAGAACCUGUUGUGUGGUACUGGUGUACAGGAGGCAGUAGACCAUGACAUGACGAACCUCACUAAAGAAUUCAACACAUGUGUUCUGCCUUUUGUUCGCAAACAUCAACAGGUUUUCAGUGCUGCCUGCCAAGAUAUAGAAUUCUAUAAGAAAAUGGUAGCCUUUGUGAUGGCCUACAGUUUUACUGAACCAGCGAAUGAGGAUGUGGAUGAAGAGGAUGUUGACGGAGUUACCUCCCCACCUAUGAUGGUUCCUGUUGCUGAUAUCUUGAACCAUAUCGCCAAAAACAAUGCACGUCUUGCAUUUGAAAAAGAUUGCUUGAAAAUGGUCACACUUAGAAAGAUCCAUAAGGGAGAGGAGAUCUUCAAUACCUAUGGACAAGUGUCAAACUGUCAUCUUCUACACAUGUAUGGCUUUGCGGAGGAACAUCCAAACAACCACUAUGAGACGGUGGAUAUUCCUAUGAAGAUGGUCUUCGAAGCUGCCAAAAGUUUGCAUUUCAACACUGAUAGUCUGCUUGAGGAAAAGUGGCAGUUCCUGCAAGCAAUGGAUCUGUCCUCGGAUGAUGUGUUUGUUGUUGGAGUUGAUGGCAUUCUGACAGAAGAUGAGAUGUACAACACACUUAAAGUUUUGGUGAUGACAGAAGAAAAGUUCAAAGCACACAAAGAGAAGGAAGGCUGGAGUGAUGCCGACAGUGAUACCAGUGAAGACGAAUCUCUCGGGUUUGAUAAAAUGGCAAGUCUUCCAGAUGACUGGAAAUUAGUUCUAGCAAGCUGUGCCAAAGCCAGUCUAACGAGAUACAAAACCAGUCUAGCUGAAGAUGAAGAAACGGUUUCAUCGGGCCAACUCUCACAGGUUGCAUCAAGAAAGAGGUUUUCAUUUCACACCUGUUACAGCCAGAAGAAACUGCUGCAGAAAAUCAUUGAAUCUUGUAGAUGACAGCAACUCUCAGUGGCAAUAAAACGUCUUUUGUAA